AAAGUUUUAUUUGAAGAUAGACGAAUAGCGUCGAGCGAUGGGGUCCGUAACUGAUGACGAGGUUAUUCGGAAACGUCUACUGAUUGAUGGCGACGGAGCUGGUGACGACCGACGCAUCAAUGUGCUCUUGAAAAGCUUCACAAAAUGGUGCAAUUCUGGGUCACACGAGGACGGGUUCACGCAGUACCAGAGAAUGCUGGGCACCCUCGCACAGUGUGAAUUUUCAAUGGGCAAGACUUUAUUGGUGUAUGAUAUGAACCUCAGGGAAAUGGAAAAUUAUGAAAAAAUAUACAGCGAUAUUGAGCAAAGCAUCACGUCUGCACACGAGAAAAUAGCUGAAUGUAAAAAAGAAAUAAUGAGAGCUAAGAGAAUACGAAAGAAUCGACAAGAAUAUGAUGCACUCGCAAAGGUAAUCCAGCAACAUCCAGACAGACAUGAAACACUAAAGCAACUGGAGGCUCUCGACAAAGAACUGCAGCAGCUCUGUCAUAUAAAAGAGAAUGUGGAGGACAAGCUCGAGCUAAGGAAAAAACAGUUUCAUGUGCUGCUGAGCACCAUCCGUGAGCUGCAGCAAACUCUCGAAAAUGAUGAAAAAUCAGAAAAUGAGGAAUCCCAGGAAAGUCCAAUGGACAAUGGACAGUGAACAUUGAUGUGAUGUUUCAGCUUUACCUCUUCAAUGAUAUGUCAGAAUAUUUGUUUUCCCUAUAAUUUUUUUUCUCUCAUGUUGUUAAAUUGAUCUGAACUUGUGAUUUUUUUUUUUAUUGGUUUAAAUGUUUGCAUACAAAUA